AUGGAGUGCGGAGGAUGCGGCGAGCGAGUGCGCGAGCGCACCGUCCUCUGCGUCGGAGGCCGGACCUGGCACUCCAGGUGCCUCAGGUGCUGCGCAUGCGCCAGGCCUCUCCACGACCAGCGCUCCUGCUUCCUCAGGGGCAUGCGCCUCUACUGCAGGCACGACUACGCCCUGGCCUUCGGCGCGAAAUGCGCGAAAUGCGGAAGAAGCGUGGGAGCAGGAGACUGGGUGAGAAGAGCGAGAGAGAGGGUCUACCAUCUCGCUUGUUUCGCAUGCGACGCGUGUUCUCGUCAAUUAUCAACCGGAGAACAAUUUGCCCUGUUGGACGCGAGGUUGCUCUGCAAGGCGCACUAUCUGGACGUAGUCGAAGGCAACAACACUUCAUCGGACGAAGGCGGUGACUCCGAGAGCGGCCAUAAAGGUGGGAACAAGGCCAAGAGGGUUAGGACGACUUUUACCGAAGAGCAGCUCUCGGUUCUCCAGGCGAAUUUUCAGCUGGACAGUAAUCCAGACGGUCAAGAUUUGGAGAGGAUAGCCCAUGUCACUGGACUCAGCAAGAGGGUCACCCAGGUCUGGUUCCAAAACUCCAGAGCCAGGCAGAAGAAGCACUUGCACGCGGGCAAGAUGAAGGGGGGUCAGCACGUUCAUCAGUCCCCACCUAACUCUUCGGCAAGCGGAGAUUUCGGCCGACACAUCGAUUUGCACCUGACUUACUCCUUCCAGCAUCAGCAGCAACAUCAGCAAGGCCAGCAACCGACCCAGCUGAGUCCUGCAGCCUGCAAGAGUCCUGCGCCAUCCAUAUAUCGUAAUCAUGGAUCGGAGCAGUCUAUGGAUGAAUUAUCCCAGGAUUCGAUGAUGCUCGGGAUGCCUAAUGAGGUCUAA